UCAAGGAUUACAUUAUUUCAUUGAUAAGCUAAGUCACUAAUAUCUAAUAAACUCUCAUUUUACUAUUUUUUUGUGUGUAUUUUCCUUUUGCUUUUCUUGUUGUUCCUUGUAGCUCCAUGCUAUUGUUGUUAAUGUUAACAAGUAAGAAGAAGAAGUGAAAUAGCUGCUGAAAAAACUGGAGAGAUAGAUAGAUGAAAAGGGUUGUAAGUUGUAACUAUCUGCAUUAUUUUUUUUUUUUGCUUUUUUAAUUGUUUGGCAUGAACAAAAAGAGGAAUGUAAUGGUUUUAUUGUCACACGUUAAACUAGGCAAAAGAAAAGAAAAAAGCACUUUUUUUUGUUUCUUUGAACUUGCUCCUUUUCUUUCUCCUUCUCCUUCUUCAUAUCUGGGAAAGCUCUCUCCUUUUCUCUGUCAGAGAAAACAACACCACAUUUCAUAAAGCAAAAACCUUUCUCCCUCCAUCUUCCAAAAGUAGUGUUCUAAGAAAACACUUCAAACACCCCCCAUCUUCUUUUUUCACAUUAAGAGAGAGAGAAUGGGGUGUGUAGCAUCAAAACUAGAGGAAGAAGAAGAAGUGGUGUCCAUGUGUAGAGAGAGAAAGAAGCAGUUAAAGUUAGCAGUGGACAAAAGAUAUGAACUUGCUGAGGCACAUUGCAAGUACUUUCAUUCUCUCUAUGCUGUUGCUGCUUCCAUUAAACUCUUUGUUGCACGCCAUUCUUCUCCUUCUUCACCUUUCCUCAUAACUUUCCCUCCUUCUUCUCCUCCUCCUCCUCCUCCUCCCUCUCAGAAUGUGAUAACCAACCCCAUGUUCCUUCAACAGACUCCAUCAGAGACAAAGCAUGUUGAAGCCAUUGCUGCUUCACCACCUUGUGGCUCAUGCAAUACUUCUUGUUCUGAGGAAGAGAGGGAGGACAAGGUUGAAGAAGAAGAAGCUCAAUGUAAGAGAGAACAAGUGCAAGAUGAACAACAGCAGCAGCAACAAGAACAAGAACAAGAACAGCAGCCAUGUGAGUACUACUACAUGCACAUGCCUAUGCCUAUGUCUAUGCCUAUGGCAGCUUCAAUGCCAUCACCACAGAGGGAUUUUGGGUGGGAUUUCUUCAACCCUUUUGAUGUUAUGAGAACCAAUGAGGUUAUCAGUGGAUACCGGGGGAACUCAGAUGAUGAUUUGAGGGUGGUGAGGGAGGAGGAAGGGAUUCCAGAAUUAGAAGAAGAAGUACUAGAAAGAGAAGAAGAGGAAGAAGGAGAAGAGGAGGUUGUUGAUGUGAGCAAGGUGGUGGUGAAUGUUUUUGAAGAGAAGAAGAAUAAGAAAAAGAAGAAGAGGAAUAGUGCACGUGAGGAGCACGUGGUGAGUGAGAGUGUGAAGGGUGUGGAUGAAGGUGAGCAGAGAGGGCUUGCUGUUCUUGAGACAGAAGGUGAAGGGAGAGAACUUCUUGAGGCUUUGAAGGACAUUGAAGAUCAUUUUGUGAGGGCUUAUGAUUCUGGAAAGGAUCUAACAAAGAUGCUUGAGGCUAAUAGGAUUCCACUUCAUUCUAGUUUGGAUGAAAUAAAAGAAAGUUCGACCAAACUUAUUCAGGCAAUAACAUGGAAGUCCAUGUCAUCUAGGCCAUCCUCAUGCAAGAGUCUUGUGGUUUCGGAUACGAAAAAUUCAUCAACUUGGGUGGAAUAUAAGAAUGAUCUCUUUGAUGAUUAUGGUGGAAUGGAUUCAGGAAGUCAUUUAUUAACCUUAGGAAGGUUAUAUGAAUGGGAAAAGAAGUUGUUUGAGGAGGUUAAGGCUGGAGAUAACAUCAGGAAAAAUUAUGAGAAAAAGUGUGCACAGUUGAGAAACAAAAAUGUUAAAGGAGAUGAUGAAACUAGUAUGGACAAAACGAAAGCUGCUGCGAAAGAUCUAUAUGCUGGUAUCUUGGUUGCAAUACGUCGUGCAGAAUCGAUCUCAAAAAGAAUUCAGAAAAUGAGAGAUGAAGAGUUACAGCCUCAAAUUGUUGAACUAUUGAAAGGUUUGACACAAUCGUGGAAAGUUAUGUUGGAAUCCCAUGAAACUCAGAAGAUGAUUCUUUCUGAAGUGAAGUCUUUCACAUGUCCCACAUUCGGGAAAUUCUGCAAUCAAUCUCACCGGUUGGCGACUCUUCAGCUCGAAACACAGCUUCAAAACUGGCGAAUGUGUUUUAGAGAGUACACUGCUGCUCAAAAGGCAUAUGUUGAAGCUCUUCACAGUUGGCUGAGCAAGUUUAUAGUCCCAGAAGUUGAAUUCUACUCGAGAAGCAAAGAUGUACCCAUGCCAUAUCAUCAAGCCAAUGGGCCACCACUACUUGUGAUAUGCAGCAAUUGGUUAAAUUCCCUGCAAAAGUUACCCGACAAAAUGGUAUCGCUUGCAUUGAAAAGCGUGGCGAAGGAUGUGAGAGCUCUUUGGCAUCAGCAGGGUGAAGAGUUGCAGCAGAAAAGGAAAGUAGAUAGCCUAGCCAAAGACUUGGAAAGAAGGUCGUUAAGUUUGCAUAAAGAUUCAAAGAUGAAGUUGCUUGAGUUGCAAGUAAUGGACCCGAAACCAGAGGCGGGAAGUAAUCAUGAUCAAGAUCAAGAAGAAAGCUUGAUGGAGAAGAAUGAUGAUCAGUUGGAGACACUGAGAAGAAAACUGGAGGUAGAGAAAGAGAAGCAUCAAAGUUGCAUGCAAGAAACACAAAGGAUAACACUACGUGGAUUGCAAUCUGGAUUCUCUUUGGUGUUUGAAUCCCUAACCGAGUUCUCCAAAGCAUCACAGAGAAUGUACAAUGAGCUUGUUGCUUGCAGUGAAAAUGGUGACAAGGUUGGGAACAUUGGGUAUAUAGAGGGUGAUGGCUGCAAUGCUGAAAAUUGCAACAAAAAUGGACAAUAACUGCAUUAGAUUAGUGAGUAGUGAGGUUGAGAUAUAUUUGUGUUGUAAUGGUUUAUGUAAUUAUGAUACUAUUAUUUGUGUGGUGUUUGUGUCGAAGCAGCUCGCUGAGACAUCAAUUUUAUUAUUUAAGGUAUUAGUUGGCACUUGGCAUUUUUUUCUAGUUUAAAUAUUUGUAUUAUAUUGUUCCCGUAUUCACCAUUAGAAGGUAAGAGAUCAAGAAAAUGCAGAUUGUAUGGGAUUAAAAGGGUGGAUAUCUUUGAAAUCUGUAGUAGCCAAGGUAGCAUAGAAGCUCAAGUAUAAAAUAUUAUGAAUA